AUGUCUCACUCAGGCUUCUCGCUACCUCAUCAGCAGUUUGGGAACCAGUUUGGCAGUGGGCCUGACGGUGUCGAUCCGUCAGACCUCACCAUGCAACACAAUGGCGGCUUUCUGCCCUACUCCUUCGGUUCGGGACAGAACAUGUCAUCGAGCUUUAACUUCGGCAACUCCGGAAUCGAUACCGACGAGUUGCUAGACCUGGAGAUCAACGGCCAGAGUGCCAAUGGUAUGAACUUUUUGCAAGACCAGCCGCCGCCGCCGCAGCACUCGGGAAUCGGCAUGCCCAUGAGCCACCCCAACCAGAUCUCGCAGAUGUACUCCAACACCCCGGAAGGCGCCCCGAUCCAGAGCCCUUUUAUCCAUGGGAGUUUCAACUACGACCAGUUCCGCGGUCUCAACCCGCAGAGCUCCUCUCAUCUGCAGAGCGCCGGCUCCCACCUGGAGCAGAGCUACCUCAACUCCAAGGCCCGCCCCAGUCUGCAGGCCGUUGACCGUACCUCGUCCGACGGCCGAACCCCGAUGACACCCAAGACCCCCGCUCUCGGCGCCCUUACACUCGGCACUCCCGAGUCCGGGAGCUUCCCCACUCAGCCCAUUCGCACCGCCGGCCUACAGCACCGCCACCAAAAGACGCUCUCCAGCCAAUGGGAUGGCACCCCGGGCAGCGCCCACUCGUUUAUGGAAUCGCCCAUUUCCUCCCCCGGCCAUCCUUCUCACCACGCCGGGAUCUCCGAAAUUCUCAAGUCUGGGAAACACGCCUCCUUGCCGGCCAAGGUUGAUACCCACCUUCCCGGGGGCGGUGGCCAGGAUCUCGAGUCCCAGGAAGCGAAGCGGCGUCGCCGCCGGGCCUCGCACAACCUGGUUGAACGCCGGCGGCGCGACAACAUUAAUGAACGGAUCCAGGAUCUAUCGCACCUGGUGCCCCAGCACCGGCUGGAAGAUGACAAGGUUCGCAAGCAGCUGGUGAAUAACAACACUCUAUCCGCCGCGGGCCUCGGUGGGGGACCGGCCACCAACAACACGGCCACCUCGCUCUUGGCCGGCGGCAACGGGCGGCGAGCGACGCCCGGCAACAUCACCAUGGGCCUGCCCAUCGAGGAAAAGGAAAAAGGUCCCAACAAGGGCGACAUCCUCAACGGCGCCGUGGGCUGGAUGCGGGACCUGAUGUGGGCUCUCCAUGUCAAGAUGCAACAAGAGGCCGAACUGGCGGAGCUGCUGGGCAGCCUGGGCGCCAGCUGGCCGUUCGAGCAGACAGAGGAAGAGAAGCGAAUGCGCAGCGAGCUGCUCGACGCGAUGGACAAGAACGACGCGUCGACCUUUGGCUACAGUCGGGGGCCUGGUAGCGGAUUGCGAGUGCCCAAGCACACCAACCUGGCUGGCGAGCCCGUCUCCGGCACUGGGGCCCUGAGCCCCCAAAGCCUAAGCCCAGGCUUCAACAGCGGGGCCAGCAGCGGAGCUAACAGCGCUGGCCAUGGCCAGCCGCAGUACUGGAACAGCUCGGGCCAUGCGGGUAUCAGCUUCAAGGAAGAAGACGAGUACUCGAUGGACAUGAACUGA